UUGUCAGGAGUCAAACAGUUGGAACGUAGAAGUCCUUGCACUACUUUAGCUUAACUUUUGCUCUUUCAAAUCUCCACAUCAGCAUCAAACCUACCAUCUUCUUUGCAAUUCUCUUGCUCUUUCAUUGAGAUUUACAGAUCUCAAGCUUAAAGUUUGAAUCUUGAAGCUUUAUUUGACCUUUUUCAUGGCUGCCACCUUUUCUUGCAGCUAAGGAAUGUUGGCAAUGGUGGCUUGAUGAAUAUGGGAAGUUAGAACUGGAGAACAUCUUCCAGUGAUGCCCCUUUUGAUAGUCUUUGUACUCUGUGUCUUGUUCUUUGUCUCUCCUUGUCCUGCAAGAGGUAUACCUCCAAGUUAUCCACCAUUGGCAGUGAGACCAAUUCAUUCUCCUAGACAUAGUGUUAGUUCUUCUUUGUCAAAGUAUCACCACAGUGCUCCUCCUCAAAUCCAAGAUUGUGAAGGAAUAUCAUGCUCUGAUCCACUCACUCUAACUCCAAUUGGUUCACCAUGUGCUUGUGUGUACCCUGUUCAAGUUGAGAUUGAUCUUGGUGUUGCUCCAUAUCAACUCUUUACCAUGAUUCCUGAGCUAGAAGUUGAGAUUGCAGCAGGAACAUAUCUGAAACAAAGCCAAAUCAGAAUAAUGGGUGCUGGUGCUAGUGCCCGAAAUACUGAAAAAGCAGCAGUUACUAUUGAUUUGGUGCCACUUGAGGGAAAGUUUGAUAACAUGACUGCAUUUCUGAUUUAUGAGAGAUUUUGGCAAAAGAAGGUGCCGAUAAAUGUCUCGCUUUUCGGUGAUUACAAUGUGAUAUAUGUUCUUUAUCCUGGACUUCCUCCUUCUCCACCAAUGCCAGGAGGAUCAUCAGGUAGCAUCCCGUCCACCAUUGGAAGUCAUGAAGAUCCUAUAUCGGCAAAUGUACCGCCUAGAAAGAAGCAUAGUAUGAACAGCGCAAGUAUCGCCAUUAUUGUGUUCACUAUUUGUUCCUUUGCCUUGGUGUGUUUUGGGGUGAGUUUUGUACUAUGGAAGUUGAAGAGUGUAGGAAGAUCACAAUCUGCUAUUGCUGCUACAUUUGCCACUUCAACAAGCAAGACAGACGGCAUUAGGUCUAUCCAAUCUCCUAGUGCUGUUACAAGUUCGAGAUCGAUGUCUUUUGCUUCAAAUGUUGCUACUCUUCCUGCUUCAGUAAAGACGUUUUCCUUGUCUGAGCUCGAGAAGGCAACUGAUACAUUUAGCUCUGAAAAAGUUCUAGGUGAAGGUGGAUUUGGCCGUGUUUACCAUGGGAUCAUGGAGGAUGAAAGUGAGGUCGCCGUGAAGUUGCUUACAAGAAAGGACCAUAAUGGACAACGCGAGUUUGUUGCGGAGAUUGAGAUGCUCAGCCGACUUCACCAUCGCAAUCUUGUCAAAUUGAUCGGUAUAUGCAUUGAAGGAAACAUUCGAUGCCUCGUGUUUGAGCUUGUUAGCAAUGGAAGUGUGGAGUCUCAUUUACAUGGUGUCGACAAGUGGAAGGGACUUCUUGAUUGGGAUGCUCGGUUGAAGAUCGCACUCGGUGCCGCAAGAGCAUUGGCAUAUCUGCAUGAAGACUCGAAUCCUUGUGUCAUUCACCGUGAUUUUAAGGCGAGUAAUGUUCUAUUGAAGGAUGAUUUCACUCCAAAGGUUUCAGACUUCGGCUUGGCAAAGGAAGCAUCAGAAGGAAGCAAACAUAUUUCCACAAGAGUCAUGGGAACUUUCGGGUAUGUGGCACCGGAAUACGCAAUGACGGGGCAUUUACUAGUGAAGAGUGAUGUCUAUAGUUAUGGUGUAGUGUUGGUCGAGCUUCUCACAGGUAGAAAGCCGGUGGACAUGUCACAGCCUCAAGGUUCGGAGAACCUUGUGACAUGGGCACGCCCGCUGCUCACCAGCCAAGAAGGAUUACAGAAACUAGUAGACCCUUCGCUCCAUGGAAAUUUCGACUUUGAUAACUUGGCCAAAGUCGCUGUAAUUGCGUCCAUGUGUGUUCACUCGGAACCAUCUCAAAGGCCAUUCAUGGGAGAAGUAGUUCAAGCAUUGAAGCUGAUAUGCAAUAGCAUGGAUGAAAACAAUGAAGAGACAUGCAUUGCUGCAGAAUAUGAGAGUAAUUCAUGGAAUGAAAGUGCAUCUCAAUUGAAUCAUGGACUCACUCCAUUUUCAUUUGUGUCGAUGGAGUAUGGUUCGAAUUCGUUCGAGAUUUAA